GGCCACCGUGUGGGUGAUCCUGCACCUUCGCCGUCCGUUAAGAUGUAGUCGAGGAGCGAGACCCCCAGCCGAAGUCGAACGAUGUUGGCGCUCGUUGCUUUCGGCGCCGUCAAACUGCAGGAUGUAUGCUUUGCCCGUGGGAAUCACGUUUCUCUCGUUGGCGAGUAUCACCGUCGCGCUGCGGCUGUAUACGCGAGUUCACCUCGUGCGGAAGCCAGGCUGGGAUGAUCUGCUGAUUGCGGUGUCCCUGGCGACGGACAUUGUCUUCUUUGUUUUUCUGGUCAUCGAAAGCAAGAAUGGCCUAGCAGAGAAUCAGGCCGAUCUCAGCCCCGAUGAGAUUCGCAACCAGCUGAAGGCCCUCUGGAUCACCAUUCCAUUAUACAAUCUCAGUCUGACCUUGACCAAACUGUCCCUGGUCUUCCUCUACCGCCGUCUGUUCCCGACCAAGACGUAUCGCAUCCUCCUCACCAUCACCUUGGUCUUCGUCAUUAUCUCGGGCCUGUGGAUGGUCCUGAGUACGCUGCUCUUCUGCAUUCCCAUUGCAGCCUUCUGGGAUCAUUCCCUUCCACGGACUUGCCUGCCCGCCAGCGUGGUCUGGUGUCUGAAUGCCGGUCUCCAGAUCAGCACCGACCUGAUCCUCGUCAUUCUCCCUUUGCCCAUCUUGGCCAGCCUCCGGCUCCCCAAACGGCAAAAGGCAGCCCUUCUAGUCAUUUUUGCUCUAGGAUUCUUCGUCUGCGCCACCAGUAUCGUCCGUCUCACCACCAUCAUCGAACUCAUCCGAACCCCCGACUUUACCGAAGGCAACGGCCUCGCCGCAACCUGGUCCUUCGUAGAAUCCAACGUAGCCAUCAUCUGCGCCUGUCUGCCCCCCCUCCGCCCCCUCCUCAUCCGCUUCUGCCCGCAUCUCAUCCCCUCCCGCAUGCGCAGCUCCUACAACCGCGACAAACAAUCCCCCUCCAAGGGCGGCGUCGACUUUGUCACCGCCAAUCCGUUCGCCCCGUCGAAUACCAGUUACGUGGCGAGUAUUACGGGGAAUUGCUCCACGAAUCACAACAACAACAACAACCACAAUAGUCAUGAACAACAACAGCAACAGAAUCAAAAUCAUACCCGGGACGGAUCAACGUCUACGCAUCCCGAGACAGAAGGGAUUCAAAUCAUGAGGGAAUUACGCUGGGAUUCGUAUUCAGUUGGGACGGCGAGUAUGGAGGGGGGUGUGGGUGAGGGAGGUGAGGAAAGGAAAUCGGAACAUCAUCACCAGCAGCAUAUGCAUCCGUAUUGGGUGUUAGGCGCUUAG